AAUAACAUUUCAGCGCACAAAAAGAUAUAGACCAACAAUUAAAUUGAAUUGUAUGAAUCGAUAUGUGAGAUGAUGAGAUAAACGCAAAGAAAAAUAAAGAAGAUAAUCCUAAACAAAAAAUAGAUAUAGAGCUAGAAUAGCAGAGAAGUAGACACAUGAGUGAUCAUUUUAAUUGAUUCGAAGAGGUUAUUACACAUAUCAUAACCUUGUACGUGCCAGCAUUCCCUAACAUGCACCUCUGCCACCUGUCCCACAUCGCUCCAAACGCUCUUCCGCCAAUUUAAGCUUCUCACUUCCACAUUUCAUCCAUGCAAACACUCCAUCUUCGAUCCCAAACCUCUCUCAUAUAUCCAAAAAAAAAUUAAAAAAAAAUUGAAGAAAGAACAGAGACAUACACAUCUACUGCUUCUGAAGCAAUUUUUUAAAAAAAUUGAAAAAAAAGUGAGAAGUUUGGAAAGAAAGAAAGAAAGACAAGGCUUUAAUCUCUAUAAUCAUCAACCAUGCCGGUUCGUAGAUAUGCAUUCGGGAGAGCAGACGAGGCCACUCACCCGGACUCGAUGAGAGCUGCCUUAGCUGAAUUCGUAGCCACUUUCAUAUUCGUUUUCGCCGGAGAAGGCUCAAUCCUUUCAAUGGACAAACUGUACAGAGAAAGAGGCACCAUAACAUCGGCGUCGGAGCUUGCAAUCGUGGCGCUUGCGCAUGCGUUUGCUCUCACAGCGGCGAUAUCAGCCAGCAUCAACAUCUCCGGUGGCCAUGUUAAUCCGGCUGUGACUUUCGGCGCCCUCGUCGGUGGAAGGAUCUCAGUCGUCCGAGCCUUCUUCUACUGGGUGGCUCAGUUACUCGGCGCUAUCUUGGCUUCUCUCUUGUUGAGACUCGUCACUGUUGGCAUGAGACCAGUUGGGUUCCACGUCGCGUCGGGCGUGAGCGAGUUGCAUGGGCUGAUGCUGGAGAUCAUCAUGACAUUUGGGCUGGUUUACACUGUCUACGCCACCGUGAUCGACCCGAAAAGGGGUAGUGUGGGGACUUUAGGACCGUUGGCGAUUGGACUCAUCGUCGGGGCUAACAUCUUGGUCGGUGGGCCGUUCGAUGGAGCGGCGAUGAACCCUGCUAGGGCCUUUGGACCUGCGUUGGUUGGGUGGAGAUGGAAGAACCAUUGGAUCUUCUGGCUUGGACCCUUCAUUGGAGGUGCUUUGGCUGGGCUCGUAUAUGAGUACAUACUCAUACCGUCGGAGCCACCUCACCACAGUACUACACACCAGCCUUUGGCUCCAGAAGAUUACUAGUUUUUCUUUCCUUUCCUUUAAUAAUUUUACUGUGCUUGAUGUAUUUUAUGGCUUAAAGGGUUGUUGCUCUUAUUUCAUGUGUAGUUUUAAUUUUGUUUUCUUUUGUGUUUGUAAACUUUUGAGUUUGUUCAUUCCAUGUUGGUAGUGUAAAAGUUAAUGUAAUAAAAUGCCAACACACUUUAUAAUAAGCUCUGAUCCUGAGAGGUUGUUCCAA